UUGGUACUUUCCAUCUAACGUCAACCAGCUUAACCCUUCCUAUCAUCAAGCAGGUUGAGGAACGUCUCCAAGUGCUCCUGCAGGUCUUCUGCUCCUGAAGGGGUUAAUUGAGCACAAGGGAUGGAGGGGGGGUCUGUAAUGCAUUGAAGAAGCAGCAGCUGGUACCAAAGCAGCCCCCGAGGGCACAGCAGUGGGCUCCAUCAUUAGCAUCGGGCAGCAUCCUUCUCCUUAUCAUUCAAGUGCCCGCUGCUACCAGGGAUGGAGUAGAGAGGAGUUGGGUGGUAGUGGUGGUGGAGGGGGCAUCGGCUGGAGACAAGAAGGUUGGCAUCUUGGAAGGACAAUCUAAUGGCAUUGAGAAGACUGAGCUGGUACAAGUAGUAGCUGCAGAAGUCAACAAGGAUGGGUGUGCUAAUGUCCAAGAGGCAGACCGUGGAGCAAGUACAAAAGGUUAGCAUUGCCGUCUCCGCGUUCAAGGAUGGACUGAAGGACAGACCGCCCAGUAAAAGGAAAUCUGAGGCCUGCAUCAGAAAAGGGAGUAAAGCAGAUGUGCUGGACCAAGUGCUGGAGGAAGAGAAAGAUGAGAACGAAUCCAGGCCCGAUUCACCUUGUCAGUCUCAGCCACGGCAAGAAAACCCUACAAACCGGGCAGCUUGGGAAAGACUAAGAGACGGGAAAGGAGUAGAACCUGAUGAGUUUUAUAAGUCCAAACGUUUCGCCCCUCCGGCCUUUAUCAGGCCAACCCGUGCUCUCAAUGAUGAUGAACCUAUGGAGAUGAAGCUGGACCAGCGGGAAGAAAUCACCAAUGAUGAGAUGUGUGAGAUCUGCGAGGUCUGGACAGCGGAGAGCCUCUACCCAUGCAGAAUUUGUUUCCGUGUUUUCCAUGAUGGCUGCCUUCACCGUAUGGGAUACCUGCACGAUGACAAUGCACUGGAGGUGACAGAAAUGGCUCAUACAGAAACAGGCUGGAGCUGUUAUUACUGUGACAAUCUGAACCUGUUGCUCACGGAGGAGGAGAUGUACAGCCUGAUGGAGACAUUCAGUCAAUGUAAAGUGAUCCCAGAAUGUACGCUCACCCUGGAUGACUUCCUCCAUUACAAGCACCUGGUGAACCGGCGAAUGCAGGAGAAACAGUUGAGCGAUGAGCUGGAGGAACAAGCCAGUCUUCAGUUCUCCUCCAUGGACCCGGAGAAGAAAGGGCAGAUAGAGUGGGCUGACUUUCUCUCCCAUGAGUCUAUCUGCUUACUGCAAAAGCUGCGCUCGCAGUAUUCCCUGCUGAGGCUCUUAUCAGUGAAGGAGCGGGAGCGAGCCCGUGCCACGUUUCUUACUCUGGACCAGGAUAAUGAUGGAUUGAUCACCGGCAGCGAGUGUAGAAGAGCCCAACAUGGAUGGUUCCGGAAGCAGUCUAAGGAGACCGUGUCCUGUAAUGUCAGUAUAAGCCAUGUUGGGCCCAUGUCUGAGAGUAGCCCAACCAGCAGCACAAGUGGAAAAAGCCAAGAAAAAAUGCCACUAGCCACAGAUCCAGAUGAGAACAGACAGGUGAACUGGGAUACCUUCCUGAAGGAGAAUGUUCUUUAUAUCCUUGCUGCUCGACCAAACAGUUCUGCAAUUCACCUGAAGCCAUCGCUCUAAACAAGCUGCCGGGGUCAACCGAAUCCACCAUGACCCGACCACUUGCGUCUGCAUGGGUCACAGAGAGGAUAUCAACACAAUGAACCCCCACAGUAAGGGGAAGCAGGAAUUCCAAUUGAGAACAAUUCACAAAAACCCAGAGCACAAAGCCCGGGACACUAAAUUCCCUUAUUAAAACUUACCUUUUAUUACUUAUCUAUUAAAAAUAUAAUAGGUGACCAAACAAAAGAUUAAAAGAAUAAUGCUGUCACCGUGCUUUCACUUUCAAGGAUUGAAAUGUUCCAUAUCAUAGUAUAUAAUCUGCAGUACUCAUAGUGACCAUUUGCAAUAUGGAAAUUUGGGAACUUAUUCCCAAAUUUCCAUAUUGCACUUCCACUGGAUAGACUGACGUCACCCUGGGAAGUUUCUCGUGGCAUCGGUCCGGCAGUUUUUUUCUCUACAGACGCUACUGUUGGUGUUGUGCCCUGAGCGCAACACCUAAGGGUAAGAACCCAUGUUUGUUUCAUCCAUUACAUCCAUUAAACGGUCCUCACUAGGGGUGCACCUCUUGUUGCUUUGUUUUCUCUCCUUUCCAUAAUAGUGACCAUUUGCACAGUGGCAGCAAUCUUAAUAACGCAGAUAUUGCCCCCCUCUGCAUGUUUCAGUGC